CGCAACGGCCACUUGCACUUGCGUUCUCGAAGCAUGCGCUGAGUGGAGAUUCCUGAAAAUGAAGAUCGUCAGAACUUGCUGGAUUUAUUCAAUCCUCGGCAUGACCCUUGCGCUGAUCCUUUUGUUCCACGGGCUUCCGCACGUCUACGAUGCGUUGCGUCUCACAAUGGGUUCGAUGCCGGAGGCAAGUGGUUCAAGGUUUCGGUCUCAUAUACCAAAUCGUUCGUUUAUCGUCGACUAUGAAAACAACGUCUUUCUCAAAGACGGAAAACCGUUCCGCAUCAUUGCCGGAUCCAUUCAUUACUUCCGUGUACCAUACCCUCUGUGGAGGGACCGGCUUUACAAACUCAAGGCGUGUGGCCUUAACACGAUAGACACCUACGUCGAGUGGUCCAGCCACGAACCGGAACCGUGGGACUACGUGUUUGAAGGCUACAGCAAUCUCAAGGGCUUCUUAAAUACCGCCGAGGAUCUCGGUCUCCUAGUCAUCAUACGAGCCGGCCCUUAUAUAUCUGCCGACCGCGACAACGGAGGCAUGCCCUAUUGGCUUCCCAGGAUAGAUGCAAGCGUGCAACUACGAACGAGCGGUAACGCUUUCCAGUUUCACGUUGACCGCUGGUUCAGUGUCUUACUGGUGUUCCUCCAAUACUUUCUCUAUGAGAACGGCGGACCUGUCAUAAUGGUUCAACUAGAGGACGAAUACGGCAAGUUCGAACCGUGCGACCACGAAUACAUGAAGUACAUUUACUACACGUUCCGAUACCACCUUGGUCCCAAAGUUGCGCUCAUAACUUCAGAUCAUCCCGAAGAGAAGUUCAUCGAAUGCGGAACUGUAGAAGGAGCUCUCGCAACGUUCGUUCACGAUGGAAAGGCAGCCACUAAGAAGGUAGUCAACAUCACGAGAGCAGCUAACAAGAACAGAGGACCAAUCAUGGUCAAGUUCUUCAUCUCCACUUUGAGCCGUUGGAACAAAACAAGCGCGGCCGUCGAUAAGAAGAAACUCUUCAGGAAGCUGGAGGAGAUCUUGAAGCUGAACGCGUCCGUAUCCUUCUACAUGUUCCACGGCGGCACAAACUUCGGCUUCGGCAACAGCACACACACCACCAGUUACCACGCUGAUGCUCCUUUGUCCGAAUGGGCUGAUCCUACAGACCUGUACUUCGAAAUAAGCAGGAUCAUUUAUAGAUUCAACGAAGCAAGUCAGGCGGCGUAUAUGCGCACCCCUGUCAUAAGGAUGAACCUCGGCGAGUUGCACUUGAAGGCGUGCUCGCCGUGGAAUAAAGUGAAAAAAGUGUUCAAAGAGAAAGGGCUCCUGAAGACGAUUUCUAGCUCCUCUCCGGUCAGCUUCGAGGUCAUAAAGCAAGACUUUGGAUACGUGACGUACACAGCUCAGGUCGACUUCGGCUUGCAUAGGCCGUCGGCUGCGCUGGAGAUACCGCGGUUCGCCGACAGAGCGUACGUGCUGAGCCGUGAUGGGUUUCACGUCAUGAACGCACGAGUGUCAAAAACGAAAAAGAUACCUGUGUCGAAGACGGAACACGUGACAAUUAUCGUCGAGAAUGGGGGAAGGAUGAACCCCGACAGUCCGGUGCCAGAGUCGAAGGGUAUCUUGUCCAACGUAACCCUCAGGAGGAGGCAACUUCACAAAUGGAGCAUAGAAGCCUUCUCCUUAACACAGGACCCGAGUCUCGCUCUGCUCUUUAAUUUCAUGCGGAACCUUUCUAAGGCUAACGGAACAGAAUGCCUGCGGACGCCGACUUUCUGCUACGGUUCUUUCCAACUGCCACAGCGGUCCACUGCUUUAGACACCUUUCUCGACCCUUCUGGCUGGACUAGGGGCCAAGCUUUUAUCAAUGGAUUGAAUCUAGGGCGGUAUCGACCAACUGCUGGACCUCAGGUGACGCUGUACGUCCCCAAACAUGUCAUGCGUCCCUAUCCAGAAAUAAACGAGGUCAUCCUCAUGGAACUUGAAGGCAUUCCAAGGAACAAGACCGUUCAACUCGUCGAUGAAGCCAAAGUCAAGUGAGGCAGAACACCGUGUGGUGUUGGACUCCUCUCAUCUCUCUGCACUUCGAAUCAGACCUGUGUGGUACAGCUGGUCAGGAGGCGAUAUGAUCACUUUUUCAAAUAAACCGCAUGGUUCCCAAAAUUUAGCGUG